AUGCCGAACCCUCCAGAGAAGAGCAUCGCACGCUCCACCUUUCGAAAGAGACCAGCACCGCAGGAAUCGGAAGAGCCUGAAGAACUAGGAUCACCUGCACACCUGACCGAGGCCGAGCGAUAUCGAAGAAACCUCAUACGCCAGCGCGGCUCGCCGCUUCAAGACUACGAUCAGGCUGCUAGCGACCGAGAUGGCCUUACGACGGCGCUACACUGCCUUAGCACGACCGCAGCUACCGGAACUCGGACUCCACGACCUUCGCCAGCCCCCGAUACCCAGAAGUCCGCUAAGAUGCCCGACGCUCCAAUACUAGAUAACGGUAAAAUCGUGAAGUUCCAAGACUGGAAGAACGCGAUCAGGACCAAGCUACUACAAAACGACGAUCACUAUCCGACUAUAGCUCACAAGCUAGCUUACACAUAUAGCCGUUGUAAGGGCAAAGCGCUCCGUCACGUCAAUCCUCGCAUGCGCCCGGAGGUAACGGGUGCCUAUAAAAGCGUCGACAUCUGUAAACACUUAGAGGGUGUUUUCCACGAUCUAAACUAUACGCAGGUUGCCCGAGACCAGUACCUCGAACUCAACAUGAAUCCCCGACAGGAUUUUACAGAUUUCCUCGCCGAAUUCACUUACCUUACAGAGGAAUCCGAACAGCCAGAGCAACUCCGCAAGCGCGACCUGUACCGAAAGCUUCCUACACUACUCCAGAACUAG